UAUUAAAGUUGGGAUGAACCAAAAGCACAGGUGCAGCUGAGGUGGAGACGACUCUAGCAUAUAUAAGUCUGAUGGGUCACAGUACAGAAGGACAGUGAAGACUGAGGAACAUCCGAAGACAACAAAACAUCCAAUAACAAAAAAUCUGAUAUCAGAGAUGAAGAGCGUUCUCCCAGUGAAGAUGUUGGCGGCGUUGGCUCUGGUUCUGCUGGUGUCCAGUGCGACUGAGGGACGGAUUCUCAGGAAAUGUGAGCUGAAGGCUCAACUCGAGGCGGCUCAGAUUCAGGUGACUGAAGCCAUGGGAGACAAAAUGACCGUGGAUGAUCUCAUCGCUAGACUUGUCUGCAAGGCCAAUGCCUCGGGCUUCAACACCAGCUUUGUCAAAGCCAUCGGCCCCAAGCCUAAAGAGAACAAGCCCUUAAUUAAUAUCCGCUCUCGGCAGCUGUACGGCGUGUUUCAGCUCAGUGAUCAGCAGGCCUGUGAUUCUGGCAUGAUGCCAUCACUCAAUGUCUGCGAAAUGAGCUGCUCUGCUUUGAUUGACGAUGACGUCACAGAUGACAUCGCCUGCCUGAAGACCAUGAUUGACAGCAAGUUGAACACUAUUUUGGUGAAGGAGUGUGACUCUGUGGAUCCCACUCGUUAUUUCGCUGAGUGUCUGAAUGAAGAAGCAUCAUUAAGAGCUUUAAGACGAGUGUGUAUUGGUAUUAGUUGGUGAAACAACAGUGUGUACUCUUCUGACCUGCUGUAAAACUGUAGAUUUGUAACAGUGAUUUACAAAUCAAUAUAUGAACUGACUACCGUUACCUAACAAUAUCACUUCUGAUCAGCGGCAUGAUUUCUGUCAAUCUAAAAACACAACAGUCUGAUGUUCCCAUGGGAACUGCUUUGAUUGAAUGUCACUAUGAUGGUGGUGGGACCAGUGUGAGUUUAAACAUAUCAAGGCUCUGAACAGAGAGUGCUUGUGCAUGAAUAAACUUUAUAUUAUCGCUGUAAUGCUGUAAA